GUUGCAGCCAAGCUUGACAGCCAUGGAGUCUAUCCACGCAGUGGAGUCGCUGCAGAAUGAAAUGGAAACCUGCUUCAAGCGCAUCAAUACCAAGCUGAAUCAGCUUCGCCUCACGUUGCCGGACGUUCCGCCUGUGCAGCUGGAAGUCGGGGUGCAAGAGCCACCCAAGGCUGGCAUGGCUCCAAAGAAUGCAGCCGAUGGGAUCGAAGAGGAGCCAGCCGCACUGCAUGUGCACAAGUUGCUUUCAGACAGCACUCCGAAGUUCAAAUCCUACGCUUCUUUCCGCAUCAUGAACAGCAACGGGGAGGAUCCCACCGUGCAUCGGCUCCAUGGACGAUGGAUGCAACUCUCCACCCAGUGUUCCUUCUACACCGCCUCGAUGGGGGAGCUCCAUAGGAAGACAUACAACUUGCCGCCCACCGUGAACCUGGCCUCGGAGCGUGGCUUCUCUGGGCUGCUGGAAGCCUCCACCAAGAGGCCGCUACAUCCAGAAGGCUACUUUCGAAUCUGUUGGGACUUGUGCAGUUUGGUUCUGCUGUUGAUCGACGCCAUUUUCCUCCCCUUGUCCAUUGCCUGGGACUGGAGCUGGGGCUUCAGCAGCCUCAGCGGAGCCAUCUUAUCCGGAUCCAUCUACGUGGGCUUGGUGUUCUGGACCGUGGACAUCGUGUUGAAUUUCAACACCGCGGUCUAUAUCCAGGGUCAGCUGGUGACCAAGCGACGCAGGAUUCUACGGCGCUACUUGAGUACAUGGUUCGCCCUGGACAUUAGUAUAGUGAUUUUGGACUACUUGAAUUUGGCGCAGGACUACGAAAGCAACCUCUCGUUCCUCCGCUUCGGCCGCAUCGUCCGCGCCUUUCGCAUGCUGCGGCUUUUAAAGAUGUCCAAGCUGGACGAAAUCAUUCAAGAGCUCGCAGCAUCCACGGGAAGACAGUGGAUCAUGCUGGUGAUUUCCAUUUUCAAUGCGGCUGUGGCAGCGAUAUGUGUUGCACACAUUAUCACCUGCCUCUGGUUCUGGAUCGGUUCAACUGUCCAGGCCGAAGGUCGUGAGAGUUGGAUUGACAUCGCCCUGGCCCACGACCUGGACGGCGCCACGCAGUACAUCACCUCCUUACGCUAUGUCAUGAAUGCACCUGCCCCGCCAUUGAUAGCACCAGAUAGUGUGCGUGAACGUUUGGUGGACAUUAUGAACAACGUUUUCACAUUGGCAGUGAUCGGCUCCGCGGUGUCGAAGAUCUCGGGCACUUUAGUGGAGCUCCGCGCCAUGAACGAGUCGCGUUCGCGACAGCGGAGGGAGAUCCGCGUCUAUCUCAGCAACCAGGAUGCAUCCUUUGAGUUGGUCUCGCGUAUCAUGAAGUUUGUGGAAUACAAGCUGGACAAGAUCUCCCCUGUGACCUUUGACAGUUCUCUGAUCUCCAUGACGCUUCAGACGGAGCUCUACGUGAGUCAGCGCGGGCAGUAUAUGGAGCUCCUGCCGAUUUGCAACCUCACAAAGGUGCUCUAUCCUGAAACCUUUGCAUACAUUUGCGCCAAAUUGCAGAAGCAGGUCUUCGAAACCAAGGAGAAGAUCUUUGUGAUGGGUGCGGUCGCCACGAGUCUCUACAUCACGGUGACAGGGAAGUUCAUCCAUGUGGAGGCAGAAGACCCCAAGACCGAACGCCUGGUGACAGGAAACGAGUGGUUCGAUGAGCUAGCACUGUAUGGCGAGGGCGUGAUUCAUCACGCCACACUCAGUGCGAGAACCUUUUCAGAGGUCUUGACUCUGGACCAGGAGGACCUGAUCGAAACCUUGCGGAGCUCACCGCACUGCGCCUCGAUGUUCUGCGACUAUGCCAAGGCCUUCAUCGACAACAUGCGGAAGCCUUCGACAAAGAGCCGUCACAAGCAAGAAUUGGACGAAGCCGAGCAUUGCUGCAGACUGACCAAGGAAUAUCAGGAGCUGUACCCGGAUCCCAAGACCCGGCUGAAGAACAUCCGGCUCUUCCCCAAGGACCUCGAAGAGGUGGACGAAACCUUUGAGCUGAUGCCCUUGGACGUGGGCGCGGAAUCCGGCACGUUGCCAAGGAAGCCGGUGAAUGGUGGAUUGCUGGAGUACAUCAAGACUUUGUCAGGGCCAGGCUUGCAGAUGGAAUCGUUGCAGCAGGACUUGCGGACACAUUUACCUGAGAUUCACAUCCAACAUGGUGCCUACACCGUUUUCGAGCAGGCGGGCGAACGGGACCGCGCCGAGUCAUCGUGCAUCAGUUUGUUGUCGAUGAUCUACAACCGCUAUGACCUUUUGGUGCAUCCUCAGGUCAAUGAGGACACACGGCUUCGAAGCGACCAGUGGGGCCAGCUUCAGGACUUGAUCUCCUGGGCCAAGCCCAGUCACCAACAGAUCCAUGCGGCCUUGGUGCUACUGGCCAUUCGAGGCCUUGGCAAGUCCACCGCGGUACAGAGUCAGAUCCAGAGCUGCGAGGGGCGUCCGGAACAAGCGGUGCUGUACCUCGUGGAGAACGCCCGAAACGUCGUGCCUUCAGUUGCAGCCUUGAGCACUGAAGCUUUGCACUAUGUGCGUUCAGUGCUCAAAGUGCAUGAAACCUUUAACUUUGCUCAGAUGCUUCAAGGAGAAAAUGUGCCUGCCAGUGUGGAGCAGCUCCAAGAGAAGAUCCGUCAGCAUGGCGUUGAGGUGUUCCAUUGCUAUGUCAUGUUCCUUCUUGGCUUCAUGGCCGGUUUGGGCGGUGGCCGCGGCUCCAAAUUCUUGGGAGCCAGGAAUGGAGAGGUGUUGAUUGCCAGUAUGCAGGUCUUCUCAAACCUCCUUUCCCUGACUCCUCGAAGCGUGUAUUGGGGCUAUUUGCGAGCUCGUGCCAACUCCUUCCAAGCCAACUUCAUUACAGGAGAAGACUUGGCGAUAGUCCGGCUCGCAUGCCUUUCACGGGUACACGAUCAGCAGGAAUUCGUAGCCUUGCGACACGCUUGGACCUCCCUGGAUCGCAAGGAGCGCGGGACGCUGGUGGAACAUUUGUUGGCCGAUGGCAUCCAGCAGCGGGCCGUGAUUUUCACGUUCCUGCCUGACUGCAUCCAGCACUCCAUGCUCAAUGCCUCUGUGGGUCUCACUCGGCUUCUGCAGGUUCUGGUCGACCUGCUGAAACAUCUGAAGGUGGCCAUGGGGAACACGGUGCUUCACCAGAUAGUCUUCAUUGAUCUGUCGGACUUCAGUGAGUUCAUCACCGCUGUCCAGAACACCUUCAUCUUCCAGACCUGCAUCAGUCGCUGCAAGCUGGACGUGCCGGAGCCGAACCAACGGCCCUACGUCACGCUAGAGAUGACCAGUAACAACUGGGGCCGCAUCAACGAGGCAGAUACAGAUCUGAUGAGUGUGGACCAUCGAGUGAGAGAAGUCCUGGAGAAACAGCAAUUUCUGGAAACGAUGCUGACCGGCUCCGACAACUCUUGGUGCAUCUAAAGCUGGUGGUGUAAACACUGGGACUCUGAUCCAAACUUUGACUUUUUGCAUGCGUGGUUCAACCACCAACAAGUAAAGUUUCGUGUAAGCCUUGGUGAGGCUUUUUUUGCGGUCAAGGUGCGGGAAACUGCGCAGGAAGUGUUUGAUAAUUGUGCCCUCCGUUGUCGC